AUGAGCGCGCUAGCAACCGGUGCCAAAGGUCGAAGUCGCCGCAGCGACCUUCAAUGUGAUAAAACCGAUCGUUCAGGUAACGCCAUCGUUUUUGGUAUUGAAUUAAAUUAUCCAUCAAGUUUGCCAUGCCAAAAUUUGACCUGCCAGAUCGAUCUAUAUACCAGUAUUCAUGUCAAAUUCAAUACUGUGACCAAUAUCAAUCUCACAACGGACGAUGGAAGCAGCUUAUCUUUAGAGCUUUGCAAUGUUCAAUCGUAUCCCAACGGGAAUAAUAACACUGAUGAUAGUUCCAGUGGUGUUGUUAUCGGACCGGCAACGUCGUCAAUAACUACAACAGCCGCAGAAACAACAACUACAAUCACGACAACUAUUACAACAACAACAACAACAACUACAACAACUGCAACAACUACAACUGCAAUCACGACAAUCAUUACAACUACAACUACAAGCACAACAACAACAACAACAACAGCAACUAUAACCACAACAACAACAAGUACGACAACUACAACUACAUCAACCACAACAACAACAAGUACCACAACUACAACUACAACUACUUGUGUUUGCUCUACUGCCGAUAAUGGUUAUGUUGGUGGUGGUGGUUAUUCUGUUGAUUUUACUGGUUCUGGUUUUGCUAGUGGUCCCGGCUUUACUUUUUGUGGUGGCUAUACUGGCAGUACCACUGUUUAUACUGGUACUUAUACUAGUACUUGUAGCGCUGCUUGUAGCGCUAAUACUAUGUGUAUUCAAUGUUGCACGUGCUGUUGUAAUGGUAACACUCCUACUCUUCCUUUUCAUGCUUCUGGUACUUGUCCAAUUAGUGCUGGUUGA